CCUACCAACUAAAAGUUGUUUUUGAUUUUUUUUUAUUGUUAUAACUCGUUACUGUAGUAAAUUUGGACUGGUUCCAAUUUCCCAACAAAAAUCUUAAUAUUCAUGAAAUUAGGCCACUAUUUCAAUUAAAAAUCUGUAGAUUCACUAUUGUAAGAUUUCUGCUUCUUUUAGCGUCAGUUGUUCAUAACAAUAACCUUUCGUCAUUGUGAAAUUAUUAAUUACGUCUAAUUAGAUCGGAAAAUCUGUUGAAGUUUUAAGAUUUGUGAAUAAUAGUAGCAGUGAGCGGCAUGGCUAAGGAAGAAGAUGAUGAUUUACCAGACAAAGAUGCAGCCAAGGAAUUUUACGCAAAAUAUGAACCCAAAGAAAUCAUAGGCAGAGGCAUAAGUUCUACUGUGCGAAGAUGCAUAGAGAAGGAAACGGGACGAGAAUAUGCAGCCAAGAUCAUAGACCUAAGUCAGGAAUCACAAGAUGGAGUGGACACACACACAAUGAGAGAUGCCACUCGUCAAGAAAUACAUAUAUUGAGGAUGGUCUCUGGACACCCAUACAUUAUUGAACUUCAAGAUGUGUUUGAAUCAGAGACAUUCAUAUUCUUAGUAUUUGAGCUAUGCAAGAAUGGAGAAUUGUUUGACUAUUUGACAUCUGUAGUUACACUCUCUGAAAAGAAAACUAGGUAUAUAAUGAGACAAGUGCUCGAAGGCGUGAGACACGUGCACAGCAAGAACAUCGUUCACAGAGACCUGAAGCCGGAGAACAUUCUGCUGGACGAUCAGCUCAACGUCAAGAUCACAGACUUUGGCUUCGCGAAGGUGCUCAAAGACGGGGAGAGACUGUUCGAAUUGUGCGGCACGCCAGGCUACCUCGCCCCGGAGACGCUGAAGGCGAAUAUGUUCGAAGACGCUCCUGGCUACGGGAUGGAGGUCGACUUAUGGGCCUGCGGAGUCAUCAUGUUCACAUUACUGGUGGGAUGUCCUCCGUUCUGGCACCGGAAGCAGAUGGUGAUGCUGAGGAAUAUAAUGGAGGGGAAAUAUUCUUUUACCAGCCCCGAGUGGGUGGAUAUAUCAGAUGAUCCUAAAGAUCUCAUCCGACGGUUUCUAGUAGUGGAACCGAGUAACAGGAUAGACCUGAUGGACGCUUUAAAUCAUCCCUUCUUCAACACUGUGCUGUGGGACCAGGAUAUGAAGCCGCUGAAGCAGAGCUUCUCGACGCAAAGCCGCAGGAUGUCUAGGAUCGAGCAGCUCAGCAUGGCAAUGAAGUGCGGCAGCUUCAACGGGCGCGCCAAGUUGCGCGUGGCGCUGGUGACGGUGCGCGCGGCGGUGCGGCUGCGGCGCCUCCCGCACACCGCGGCGCGCCCGCUGCCCCUCGCCGACGCCGCCAGGGACCCCUACGCCGUGCGCGCGCUCAGGAAGGUGAUAGACGGGUGCGCGUUCCGCGUGUACGGGCACUGGGUGAAGAAGGGCGAGGGACAGAACCGCGCCGCCUUGUUCGAGAACAUGCCAAAGACCGAACUCAAGGCUCUGUACGUGAGCAACCUCAGCCGGUAGCCGGUCGGCCUCGCUCGCGACCUCCUCGACGUUGCUGCGCGCCUGGUACCGCGGAACUAAUCAAAUACCAGGGCAGCAGAGUCACACAAGAGUAUUCCGGGACCUGGGGCGUGAGUGACGUUCUAGUGUAGACAGUCCGGCCUGUAGUAUGUACAUUAAACUAUAAAUCUCAAUGGAUACGACAUGUUUUAGUUCAAUUUAGGGCUGCUACAGCGAUAGCGGUUCGUUAUAACGAUUUUUUUUUUAUAAAAAUAAUUAUGAAAUACAAUUUGUAGCUAAUAACGCAAAUGACUCGAAAUCGUAUAUAUAUACAUAUAAUUAUAUACUUUUUUAAUGUCUCGUCGACAUUCGCAACUCUUGUCCUUAUUUUAGUACUAGAAAUAGUAGGUAAUACUGUUUUAUUUAUUUAAGUAUACAUUAUUGACGAUGCAAAUGUGUUUUUCGUAUUUCAUUGUUUAGUAUUUACGUAGAGAAGUUUUCUCUUAAGGGCAGUUCGAAUUGGCAUUGGCGUGGAUAUUGUGUUUUAUUUCCGAGGCGUAUUCGCAAUGCAUAUGAGGGUGCUUAAUGCGAGUUUUUUAACGUUCUCGAUAGCGUAAAAGUUAACUCAAGUUUGUAUGCAGUUGGAACAGCGCCCCUAGCGGCAAACGUACGCAAACGCUCUCCAUACAAAUUCGAGUUAACUUUUACGCUAUCGAGAGCGUUAAAAUACUCGCACUAAGCAGACUAUAUUGACGAGAUGCUGGAGGGAUCCGGUUCCAAAUCGGCAAUGAAAUCCUUUAGAUGGGAAUUCCGAUGGCGAGGGAUUUUCAAGUCGUACGAUCACUCCUAGCGCAUUAAUGACGUCACUGAGUGUGAACUGUUGACGUCACAAACAACAAUGUCUAAACGGCGAGCUUGUAUAAGUGAAAAUGGUUCUACAAAAACGAACCAAGAUUUUGAAAGUGUCUCUCGGCCUCAACAGAUCGUUUGAGUACCGCGCCCUUGAAAUCGAAAUACUAAAAUGAAGAACGAAUAAUGCAGUUGCGUAAAAAAAGCGUUUUUUUUUUUUUCUAGUGACGGUCCACGUUUAGAGUUUAGUAUUAUUUAAUUUUGUAUUUUUAACGCAAUUUUUUUUUUUUUUUUAUUAAUAGUAAGCUAUGUAUUUUUGAUGGGGAAUACUUUAAAUGAGUCGUCUAUUAUCAAAGGUGGCAAUCUGAGCAUUUGGACAA